AUGAAGGUCACCCUUGAGUCUUACAACCCCGAGUGGCCACUCAAGUUCCGCGAAGUCCACGCGCAACUCUCGUCAAUCCUCAAAGAUGUGCCUAUCAUAUCAAUCGAGCAUGUAGGAAGCACCUCGAUUCCCACCAUGAAGGCCAAGCCCGUCCUUGACAUCGACAUCAUCACCCCAGCCUCCGCCCUCGAAGCCGCAAGCAAGGCCCUCUCAGAUGCAGGGUACACUGAUUGCGGUGAGAUGGGUAUUCCGGGUCGCUUCGUGUUCCGACAGCCAGGAUAUGGAAUUCUCGAUGUGGCAUACGGUAUGGGAGUACAAGGAGAACUACGGCGCAAUACUUAUGUAGUGAUCGAGGGGUGCACAGCAUUGAGAAAUCAUCUUGAUGUGCGGAGGGUGUUGUUGGAAGACCAAGAGCUGCGUGAAGAGUAUGCGCGCGUGAAGAGCAAUAUGGAGGGUAUGGAGUUUGAAAAAAUGGAUCAAUAUGUGUUUGGGAAGACACAGGUUCUUUGUAAGAUUCUGCAAAAGGCUGGUUGGAGUGAGGAAGAGCUGCAGUCGGUCAUGGAAGUAAAUAGCUGA